AAUAACUUCGCUUUUUAUCAUUAUACUGACAAAACACUUGUUGAUAUGCAGUCAAAAGUAUGUUAUUGCAGUUUCAGAUAUUCUUUCCAGUUAUUGAUCAAAUAAUAGCGCAGUUUUGCGAGUCUUCUUAACAGUAGACCACUACAAAACAUGACGCAAAUAGAAAAUUUUCCAAACGAGCUCCUUGAGAAAAUCUUUCUCUUUUUACCGGUGGAAGACCUGGAAAGCGCGGCUCUAGUGUGUCCCUCCUGGAAGAAUAUUAUCCUCACUGUUAUAAUUCCGAAACAUGUUCUAACCCACAUCAAACCAGUACAUCCAGUAACGCAUGAACUAAACCCGGUACCUUCCAUCCUUUCUUCACAAACAAUGAUUCCUGUUCCCAGAGUACAUUACAAACUCACAAUACCCAACGAAGAACUUGCGAAUGCUCCCGAGUUCAUUGAGUUUUUCAGACACUGCGGACCGCACCUAAAAUCACUAAGUUUACAAAUAAUUCACCUAACAGAGCCUAUUCUCAAGGCUUUUCCAUACCUUCAAAAAUUGGAAGCCCUUUCCCUGACUACAGAAUCGGAUCAACCAUAUGCUUCCCAACCGCAAAACCCACAGCAAUAUCUGUCCACCCUUAAAAACCUAAAAUCCCUCAAACUAAUCCACCCAAACUACUUCAUUCUCCGCAACGCUUCGCUCGUCUCGAUCGCUUCUCUUCGCAUUAUCUCGCUGGAACGUUUCGAGCUGGACCUUCACCAGCUGAAACCCCUUCUCGAACCUCACUCCAGCACUCUACGUCAGCUCACCGUAAAAGUAGAAGAAAUGAAACCAUUCCUGCAGUACCUAAACUCCCUGCCGCAGCUUAAACUGGAACGACUAAACAUCAAAAGCGUCGGUAACGAUGACGACUUUACCGACUCUCUUAUCCAGCUGUUCGAUCGACAGCCACACCUACGAACGUUGAAAAUCGGAUCCGAGCUGUCGCUGCGAGCCGUCGCCGCCAUUCCAAAGAUGCUGUACGAUUUGGAAGAGCUUGAUAUCAUCGCCGAAAGUAUCCACGAUUGUAAGGCAUUCGUCGAACUGAAGCGGCUGCGGAAGCUAACCAUGUCACUGUACGACGUACGGGCUUGGGACGAAACGGUUUCCCUGACGAGUGUAGUUGAUUUUGCACUUUCCGUCACCUUUCCGCUCAUUUCGCCGGCUAUCUUCUGUUCCUUUCCUAACAUGAAACGGUUCUACCUGGAAGAUGUCGAUGACGAUACACUGAUGCGGGAUAUUGUUGUGGUGCAAACGUUGCUGAAACAUGCACGCCACGUGGAGUAUUUGGAUUUGGAGAACUAUGUGCUGAAAGAGCGUGAAAUAUUGAACGAAAGCGUGGCACGCUUCGAUACGCUUACCGGUUUGAAGGGGUUGAAGUACAGCUGUCGUGACAUGUCGGAUGCUUCGCUCCUGACGAUGGAUCUUCCCGAGUUGCGUGAGCUCUAUCUAACGCAUUGUCCGGGGGUUACGUUCAAGGGGAUAUCGUUUCUGGUUCGGGCUUGUCCACUGAUUGAAACGUUGCACGUGGAGUUUAACAAAAUUGGAUUCGAUGACAGUUGCAUGGAUAUUAUUACAAGAAAGCUGGUUCGACUACGCCGGCUGUAUUUGGUCAAUCUGAGAGGGUUGACAAACGAAACGAUCCAGUUGGUUUUGACCAACUGUACGAGGGUGCGAGAGUUGACAUUCUCAUAUUGUGUUGGCAUCUCUAUGGAGAAAGCGGAAGCCAUUAAGAAACUGAGUUCGAUUAAAACUUUGCGAAAUUUGAUUUACAGCUGAACUAUCUGUGGACGAGUUGGAACAUUCUCGGCAUGUUGAAAGUUACUUAGUUAUAGGUUUUAUUGAAUGCUCUUUCUAGCACUUAAACUUAAAAUAAAUAGUCGGGUUAUAAAGCACAACUAC